GGUACUCCGCAGCAUCACGUGUCGGGGUGGGGGCUAUAAAAUCUCGUAGCUGGGGCGUCGGGCGGGGGACGUGAGGACCAGCCCUCUCCAGGGACCCCUUUGUUCGCAGCCUAGACGCCGACACCUCCGCGUCCCCAAGGGCUUGACCGCCUGCGUCCGCACCGCGCCCGGGGCAGAGCUCAGGACAGGAGAGGGGAGGGGGCUCCACGGCCGGCCGGGCCCUCUAGCUACCCACCCUUCCCGACAUGUCGCGCUCCUUCUAUGUCGACUCGCUCAUCAUCAAGGACUCCUCAAGGCCCGCGCCCUCGCUGCCUGAGCCGCACCCCGGGCCAGAUUUCUUCAUCCCGCUGGGCAUGCCGUCCCCGUUGGUGAUGUCUGUGUCCGGACCAGGCUGCCCGUCCCGCAAGAGCGGCGCGUUCUGCGUUUGCCCGCUCUGCGUCACUUCGCACCUGCACCCCUCUCGGGGGCCCGCGAGCUCCGGCGGCGCGGGCGCAGGGAACGGGAGUGCAGGGGCUGGGGGUGGCGGGGCGGCUGGAACCGCCGGGGCCCUGCCUCUGCUCAAGAGUCAGUUUUCUUCAGGUUCUGGGGACGCUCAGUUUUGCCCGCGCGUGAGCCACGCGCACCAUCACCACCACCCGCCGCAGCACCACCAUCACCAUCACCAGCCCCAGCAGCCUGGCUCGGCCGCCGCCGCUGCGGCCGCGGCGGCAGCGGCGGCGGCCGCGGCGGCCUUGGGGCAUCCGCAGCACCACGCACCUGUCUGCACCGCCACCACCUACAACGUGGCGGAUCCGCGGAGAUUCCACUGCCUCACCAUGGGGGGCUCGGACGCCAGCCAGGUACCCAACGGCAAGAGGAUGAGGACGGCGUUCACUAGCACGCAGCUCCUGGAGCUGGAGCGGGAAUUCUCUUCCAACAUGUAUCUGUCUCGACUCCGGAGGAUUGAAAUCGCCACGUACCUGAACCUGUCGGAGAAGCAGGUGAAAAUCUGGUUUCAGAACCGCCGGGUGAAGCAUAAGAAGGAAGGGAAGGGCACGCAGAGGAACAGUCACGCGGGCUGCAAGUGCAUAGGCAGUCAGGCGCACUACGGGCGGUCUGAGGAUGAGGACUCCUUGUCGCCGGCCUCGGCCAACGAUGACAAGGAGAUUUCCCCCUUAUGAGGGAGGGCCACCCCCUCUCGCCACAUGCUCCGGGCAUCCCCAACAGCGCCCGACGAGGCGGAUA